GGCAAUUCCGGCGGUCCGGCUAUAGAAUUUAGACACGAUCAUCCAGUGCUGAUCGGAACCGUAUCGUACGCGGUUAAUUGUUCAGCUACUCAGAAAAACGCCUCGUUAGGCGCCCACCCCUGGGUUGUGGUGGUGUUGCAAAACAACCGACACCAUUGCACCGGUAGUAUAUUAAACGAUAAAUGGGUCAUGACCGCCGCACAUUGUUUCAACAAAUCAGACCCGACUUCAAAGCCGUCCAACUUUACCAUAAGGACGGGAACGUUGCUAAGGCUGGACGGCAAUGAGUACCCGGUGGCCAAAAUUGUGCAGCACCCCCAGUGGAACUAUUGGGGCUUCAAAAACUCGGACAUCGCCCUGAUGAAAAUAAACGGCACCAUCGAUAUGGGUGAAAAUAUUAAACCAAUCGAUUUGCCCAAGACACUAUUUGAGGAGCCCGUGAGGGAGCACGUGAUUGUGGCAGGGUGGGGCAAACGGUUCCUAAAUAGCUCAGUCACACUGUUGUUGGCCAACGAGUUUAAGCUUAAUGUAAUACCGAAUGGCCGGUGCGCACAGGCCUACACAACCAUUCAGUAUAUGACUUAUAAGUCCCAGUUGUGCACAUGGAAUCGCAAUCAAACAGUGUGCGAGGGUAAUUCUGGCGGACCAGCCGUUGAAUAUAGACAUGAUCUCAUACUUCAAAAGAUCGCCAAAUGA